GUGUGUGCGUGUGAGAGAGAGCGAGUCCUAAUUUUGUGAGCUGAGCAGGCCGGGUGUGUGCGGGGGAGAGUCUUGGGAGACCAUGGCAACAACAAAGCUACUACUUCUCUCAGUGUUCAUCUCUGCCUUCGUAUUGAAGACAUCAGCCCAUUAUAUUGAAGUGUGUGAGAAUCACAUUCGCUACCUGGACUGUGGCUGUGACGUGAUCCACGUGCGGCGUGCGAACUACGGGCGCAUCGACAGGAGUGUGUGUGUAUCAGGUCGAGAUUCCAGUCAACUGAGGAACACAAACUGCACUUCCUCCUCCACACUUGCACGUGUACGGAACAGGUGUGAGGGGAAGUCUGCAUGUUCUCUGCAGGCCUCUACUGAUGUCUUCCACGACUCGUGUCCCGGCACACACAAAUACCUGGAGGUGUCCUACACAUGCACAGAACCAAAGUCCAGACAGGUAUGUGAUGGGCACAAAGGAAACCUGGACUGCGGUUUGGGGGAGAUCCGUGUCUUCAGUGCUUUUUACGGCCGUAGAGAUCGUGCCACCUGCACGCUAGGACGGCCCCUUGGUCAGAUCAUCAACACACACUGCUGCGCCCCCACAGCUUCUGUUUUGGCCCAUGCCAGGCACAGGUAA